CCUUGAUUAUCACCCCUUCACCCUGCUUAUUCGCCCUGGUCGGAAGUAUAUAUAAAUCCUGGAGUUAUUUCAUGGGUCCGUAGUUCGUCCUGGACCCCAUUCAGAGCCAUUUUCAACGACUACCGACUUGCAUCUCGUCACCCAUCUACAGGAUCAUGAAGUUCUGUGCAGUCUUCAUUCUGGCACCUACGUCCAUCUUUGUUCUUCUUCAGAGCUGUGAGGCGCGUAGCCUUAUAUGUAAACAGUGUGUGGGCAAUGAAUGUAACGUGGAGCCGGAAUCCUGCGAGCACGGCAUCGAACGUGAUUACUGCGGUUGGAAAGUGUGUGCCAAGAAUGCCAAAAGUAUUACCAUAAUUCAUAAAGGAAUUACCGUAAAUUGUUAUAAAAUAUCAAACUAUUUCAUUUACUCAUAUGAACAAUGUUACUCUACCCUUCACGCCAAAGGCGUGCUCAUAAAUUUACUUGGAUUUUCCCUAUUUAUAUCUACAUUACAGGGUCCAGGAGAAUACUGCGGUGGGCCGUCAGAUGUGAGGGGAAAAUGUGGCGAAGGGAUGCAUUGUGCCUGCGGAAAAUGCAAUGGAUGCUCUCUCAGUACGCUUGAUUGUUACUUUGGUCUUGAUCAACUCCAGUGCCUGGUUUGAAGAAAUCGCCGCGUAUUGGCCAGCCGGCUAACUUAUUACAGCCCUUAAUCAUAAGACAUCUGAGUCUGGCUGUUGGUUUUGGAACUGUGAUGUUCAUUUAUUUGUCAGUAUUAUUAUUCUUAAAGAUGUGUGCUAUUUAGAGCGCGGUCUUCUGGGUUGUAACGUCUUGUAGUUCGGAGACAACUUGACGUUUCGGAGGAAUAUAUCGCCUCUAUCUUCAAAGUCGAAGAAUAAGCCAAAGAAGGAACUAGCAGAAGCGGGUGGCAAGGCAGGAUCUUACCUGGUUUGCACUUCGACCAUGAAGAUGGAAAAAAUAUGUUUCUCCGAAACGAAAUUUCUCCAAACUACAUGAUGUUAGAACCCAAAAAUCACAUCCUUCAUAGUGACCACCGUGAGAACCCGAAGUUCAACAUAUAUGCUAUUUAUGUUAUAUUUAUAAUUUUACAUGAAGAUGGAGCGAAAUGGAAUGAUCACAGUAAUAGCGGUUUCCUGAUGUCAUUUGCACAGGAAUUGUGCAACAUGAAAGCUGUCUCAGAUUAGUCUCAUGUGAAUGUUUAUGGCAUUUAUUUAUUAUUCCAUUAUUAUUUUAUUAGCAACUUCUCUAGUUCGUAAGGCAAACAGAGCUUAAUUAGCAAUCUAAAACUUCGAGUAAUUUUUAGGACGGUGCACAUUGCAUUGUUAAUUUAAAUAUUAUUAGAAUAUCUGUAUUUUCUAUAAUUUGAAAUCUUUUUUUUAACUUCAGUGAAAACACUGCGUCCAUAGUUCACUAUUACCAAAUAAAGAUGUAAACUUCUUGUGGAUUGGAGCACUUUUAUUCAGAACCUUCAUGUCUCUUAUGCUCGGCGCAGUGUUACUCCGCAUGCGCACCUCGUCCUGAGACUCCACGUACAUCCACAUGUCCAUGACGCCAUAUAAUUCAGGGAAAUAAGACGGAAGACAUUAAGGCAGACAGUGAAUUAAUGCACUUUUUCGUUAACUUUGGCUUUUGUCUGUUGGCAGUUGAAAGAUUUAUGAUAUACAGUAUUUUCAGUACGGAAUACUGUAUCUUACGGUGGUAAACAAGCAUCAAGCUUUCACAGAAACUAACGUUUUUGUAAUGUUGGUACAGAAUGCCUAUGUUUAGAACAUUUACUUCACUUUCUUUUGAUAAAAUGGUGCACCAACUUUCCGAACUAAAUCAGGGCUACAAAGCGUCAAACAUCUGAGGGGUCGCAAUGCAUUUUAGGUAAAAACCCACAGGCCUUUUUGAAAAAAAUAGAUAUUUUUAGCAUAUCCCUCUAAAUGUCUGACCUGCUAUGUUCAUAUCUAUGAACAUAAAUUCGGGGAGGACCUAAUAUAAGUUACCAACUCCAACAGUUCCUCUAUUAUUCUGUUAUUCUGCUGCGGAAACGUGUGUUAAUUUUGUAGCAAUGGUCUGGUUUUCCCACAAGCCUCUCCUCAGCUGCAGAAACGUGCCUAACGAGCCGUUGCCUAGCAAUGAACUGUUCUGGCUUUCAGGCGUCAAGUCACAAUAUUUAUUUAAGUUAAAUUCUGUCGGGUUAACGGUGUUUAAAAAUGAACCACUAAAUUUGUACUAAACUGAUCAAUAUUGCGUACAGUCCCGGAGGCAGAAGCCUGAUAAUCCCAUACUCGUGUGCUAUUUACGUGUCGUGCGGAAUCAAAUGGAAAAUUAUACAGAAUGUUUAGUAAGAAACUUCCUUGAAGUUUUUAGACAAGAGUCGCCGUUCUUUAAAGAAAAGGAGAGUAUUAAAUGAAUAUCUUUUAGAGUGGUAGGAUAUUCUCACAUGCUACACAAAAACAAACGGCGGCCUCAUGCGGCCCGUGUGUCCCUAGUUGCCCUAAACGAAACAGAGUGUCCGGUGAUUCCUAGGUUACUUAACGACGUUUCAGUUAUUACAAUUACAUAUGUAAGAGUGAUCAUGAAUAAAGUGUAGGUAAGGUGCAAAGGGCGGAAAUAUUUUAAGAUAUUUUUUGUGAAUAUUGACAGCCAGGGUAGCGUAGUCGAUAUAGCGACUGGCUGCGGGCUGGACGACCGAGGGGUCGG